GGGCAGCGGCGGCGGCCGGGGGAGGGCUCGGGAGCUCGGCGCCGCCUCCCCGCGCUCCGCUGCCGCCCGCCCGCCCGCCGCCGUCUCCCCCGCGCCGCCGCCGCCGCCUCCAAGAUGCCCGGGCAGCGGCGGGGAGGCUGCCGCAGCCCGCUGGUCACAGACCAGCUUCCUGAGGUUUUGACGCUGGAUCGGGAUCGUUUUAACUAAAGAUGGAAACACUGGAGUCCGAAUUGACCUGCCCAAUCUGCCUGGAGUUAUUCGAAGACCCUCUCCUGCUGCCCUGCGCCCACAGCCUCUGCUUCAGCUGCGCCCACCGCAUCCUGGUGUCCAGCUGCUCCUCCAGCGAGUCCAUCGAGCCCAUCACCGCCUUCCAGUGCCCUACCUGCCGCUAUGUCAUCUCCCUCAACCACCGGGGCCUGGAGGGCCUCAAGAGGAAUGUGACGCUGCAGAACAUCAUCGACCGCUUCCAGAAGGCGUCGCUGAGCGGCCCCAACUCCCCCAGCGAGAGCCGCCGCGAGAGGACCUACCGCAACAGCCCUACCAUGUCCGUGGCCGGCGAGAGGAUCGCCUGCCAGUUCUGCGAGCAGGACCCGCCGCGGGACGCCGUCAAGACGUGCAUCACCUGCGAGGUGUCCUACUGCGACCGCUGCCUGCGGGCCACCCACCCCAACAAGAAGCCCUUCACCAGCCACCGCCUGGUGGAGCCCGUGCCCGACGCGCACUUCCGAGGACUCACCUGCCUGGAGCACGAGAACGAGAAGGUGAACAUGUACUGUGUGGCUGACGACCAGCUCAUCUGUGCCUUAUGUAAACUGGUGGGCCGCCACCGGGACCACCAAGUGGCAUCCCUCAGCGAUCGCUUUGAGAAGCUCAAGCAAACCCUGGAGACGAAUCUCACCAACUUGGUUAAACGCAACAGCGAACUGGAAAACCAGAUGGCCAAGCUGAUACAGAUCUGCCAGCAAGUGGAGGUGAACACGGCCAUGCACGAGGCCAAGCUGAUGGAGGAGUGCGACGAGCUCAUGGAGAUCAUCCGCCAGCGCAAGCAGGUCAUCGCUGUCAAGAUCAAGGAGACGAAGGUGAUGAAGCUGAGGAAGCUGGCCCAGCAGGUCGCCAACUGCCGGCAGUGUCUCGAGCGCUCGACGGUCCUCAUCAACCAGGCGGAGCACAUCCUGAAGGAGAACGACCACGCGCGGUUCCUGCAGACGGCCAGGAACGUGGCCGAGAGGGUCGCCAUGGCAACUGCAUCCUCUCAAGUUCUGAUACCAGAUAUCAAUUUUAAUGACGCCUUUGAAAACUUCGCGUUGGAUUUUUCCAGAGAGAAGAAGCUGCUGGAGGGGCUGGAUUAUCUCACCGCGCCGAACCCGCCGUCCGUCCGCGAGGAGCUCUGCACGGCCUCCCACGACACCAUCACGGUCCACUGGAUCUCGGAGGACGAGUUCAGCGUCAGCUCCUACGAGCUCCAGUACACCAUCUUCACCGGCCAGGCCAACUUCAUCAGUCUCUACAACUCCAUGGACAGCUGGAUGAUCGUCCCCAACAUCAAGCAGAACCACUACACCGUCCACGGGCUCCAGAGCGGCACCCGCUACAUCUUCCUCGUCAAGGCCAUCAACCAGGCAGGCAGCCGAAACAGCGAGCCGGCCCGCCUGAAGACCAACAGUCAGCCUUUUAAGCUGGACCCCAAGAUGGCUCACAAGAAGUUGAAGAUCUCCAACGACGGGCUGCAGAUGGAGAAGGACGAGAGCUCCUUGAAGAAGAGCCACACGCCCGAGAGGUUCAGCGGGACAGGGUGCUACGGCGCGGCAGGCAACGUCUUCAUCGACAGCGGCUGCCACUACUGGGAGGUGGUGGUGGGAUCCUCGACCUGGUACGCCAUCGGCGUGGCUUACAAGUCAGCCCCCAAGAACGAGUGGAUUGGGAAGAACUCCUCAUCCUGGGUCUUCUCCCGCUGCAACAACAACUUUGUGGUGAGGCACAACAACAAGGAGAUGCUGGUGGAGGUCCACCCACAGAUGAAGCGCCUUGGCGUCCUCCUGGAUUACGACAACAACGCGCUCUCCUUCUACGACCCGGCCAACUCCCUCCACCUCCACACCUUUGAGGUCUCCUUCAUCCUGCCCGUGUGUCCAACGUUCACCAUCUGGAACAAAUCCUUGAUGAUCCUCUCGGGUCUGCCCGCCCCGGACUUCAUAGAUUACCCAGAGCAGCAGGAGUGUAACUGCAGGCCCCAGGAGUCCCCGUACGUAUCAGGGAUGAAAGCCUGUCACUAGGAUGCUCAGCCCUGCCCGUGCCCCAUGGUGGCACUGGUGAUGCUGGUGGGUGCUGGUGGAGGGUGCCAGGAGCCUGCCAAGCUGGAGAGCCGCCGUGCAGCCGGAACGCUCCGAGGAGAGAGGACCCGCCUGCCUGCCUGCCCACAGCUCAUCUUAUUUUUAAGGGGAAAGAGAAAGAACCCCUGACCACGUCUGAAAAUAAACUCCUGUCGGCAAGCUCAGCGCAGUCGUGCACAAGGCUCACGCAGCAUCUUCGUGGUGUGCGCCAGGCUCUCCGGAGGCAGAUCGUCACACGGAUGGUUCUGUUUGCCCUCGGGGGCUGGCAGGGCUGGGCUGGGGUUUUGGGCGACCUCCUCGGGUGCUGCGGUGAGCAGGGGGACGACUCGUGUGUCUCCGCACGGCGGAGGUUGGGGCAGGAGGGGUUGGCUUUUUGGAGACCUGCAGAGCCAGGUGGGAACUGGGCAUCAUUUGCUGGUGAGAGCUCUCUGUUUGGCCAACAUUUGGCAGCUUCCCUGACAGGGUAGGUACCGGCGUGGGGUAGGUACCUGCGUGGGGUAGGUAACUUGCACUUGGAGAGGCCCCCAUGGGGGAAGCAAGGCAAUGGGUACGUGGUGCAUUUCUGCUGCUCCCUGUGCUUGGCUGGGGCUGCAGUCCCAUGCUGGGGGGGUCCAGCCCCCACCUCUCUGCCCCACCGCUUCGGGAGGUCCCAGUUCACCAGGAUGCAGGGAGGCCCCCACCGAGCACUCGCUCAGGAGCCGGUCGAGGUGCACGUUGUCCCCGGCGCAGAUGCUCCUCCAUUAGCUUCGCAUCUGGUGUCCCUGCAGACACUGGCGCUGAGCAGAGGGGCACAUCGUGCCCAAAGACCAUCUCUGUGCUUUGUGACCCAAAAU